AGUUAUUACUGUUUCAGUUCUUUUUUGACUAUUAUAGAUGAAUGUUCAAUUGAUAUUUUGAAGUAUAUCUAUCUAUCUGUCUGAAUAAUAGAAAAAUAAGAAUCGUGUGUGUAUACUUGUAUAGACUUCCCAUCGCAUUUGAUUAUGUAUUGGGUCGGGAUGAAACGAUCUCUGAUUUCCCGUUCCACUGAGCAAAAUAAAGAGGCACCAUCUUUUUGUGAAGGUUGUGAAAAAACUGCUGGAUUAUUAAAGUGCCACUGUGGUGAAGACAGAGAAGUUCAGUGGUGUUGGUCAAAUGCAGAUGCUAGUGAUAAUUUAUCAAUUUUAGAAGAUAGUAGAGAAAUUCUAUUUCAUCCUACUUAUAGCUGUGGCACAGCAGUGGUGAGGGGUAGAACACAUUUUGAACAGAAUAAGCAUCAUUUUUGGGAAGUCAAAAUGGUGUCAAUUAUAUAUGGUACUGAUAUGAUGAUUGGCGUUGGCACAAAACAUACUCAUUUAUCUGAAUGGACAAUGAGAUUCGGCAGUAUGUUAGGAAUCGACUCGCAAUCGUGGGGAUAUUCAUAUCGUGGUAGAAUACAACAUGAUAAUUUACUAAGAGAAUAUGGACUAAGAUAUGGUCAAGGAACCUUAAUUGGUGUACAUUUGAAUAUGUAUAAAGGAACUUUGGAAUAUCACAUCAAUAGGAAACCUGUCGGUAUUGCUUUCACUCAGUUGAAAGACAAAGAACUCUAUCCAAUGAUUAGUUCCACGGCUGCUCAAUCAUCAAUGAGGAUUAUCUGCUCAGUGUCUGAAGAAUCAACUCUCCAAAUGCUAUGCGUCCAGAUUGUCUGUAAACAUCCAUCUCUUUACAAUAAAUAUAAAGAAAUACCAGGAUUAAUGAGUAUAUAUGGAAGAAAAUAUUGUUGGAUUGUUCCAACUGAUGAAGAAAAAGAAGAAAAGGAACGCCUCGCUAAACUGGAAGAUGAUGUGCAUUGUUCAGGUUUAGAUAGAAUUGUAAAAAGAAGAAAAAAUAGGUAUACCUCAAGUCACUGUGCCUCUGUCACUCCAGAAACUAGUAGUGGCAGCAAGUGAAGCAGAGUCAUGUAAUAUAAAGGAUAGUGAUGUUGGAGUACAAUUUUAAAUAGAAAAUGCUUGUCUGGAAUUUUUAUAAAUAUUACGUGAAAUAGAGCGUAAUUCUUAUGAAUGUGACAUACUAUAUUUCAGACGUGAUAUAUAAAACUGUAAAGUUAAAAAUAAUUCAAAUCCCUCAAUUGUGAAAAUAGUGUUACACUAUUUCUGUGAGAAUUCAUUUUUGUUUAUAUUUUUAUAUGAAUAAAUAAAGAUACUGUUUUCAAUAGCUAUCCACUAA